UGUUCAGUCAAUUCCAAAAUCUGAUACAGUCCGCGGGACCAACUGGGUGCAAAAUAACAGCGGCACUGGCUGGUGGGGGGGGGGAAAAAAAGCCUUUCUUCUGAGAAGAACGAACGUCUUUUUUAAAGAAAAAAUACACAAGCAGUCAGUACUUCACUCCUCCCCUCCCUGCUGUAUUCGCAGAUGUGUUCUACCUCACUUGAACAGCCCGUGUAGUUUCUUUUGAAAAUUUUGGUUUUCAUCUUGUUUACAAAGUGACUGCAAAAAAUACUUGACACACACGGGAAGAGAGAGAGAGAGAGACGGAGAGAAGGCAGAGGGAUGUUAACUCGGAAACGGAUUAACUGUUGUCAUUUUUUAAGAAAAAUGAAGUGAGGGAUUCUGCACACUAUAAUUGCCUUCUUUACGUGUAAACCCAAGUGAGUGGCCAUAUGACAGCACUUUGCAUUGUGGUCUCUGUUUAGCUGAAUACCGCCUGAGGGAUCAUUGUGCACUGUCUGCUCACCAGCCUCUUGCCUCCCCCUAAGAGAGUGGUUGUCUGCCUGUGCAUUUAAAUUGCAGGCCAGCUUCACAGCCAGACCACCAUGUUCCACCGACUCACCAGCCUUUUCUAUGGGGAAACAGAGGAGGUCUGCACCCAGGGUCCCGAUCCCAGUUUGACUGAAAAGGAAGAUGACGGCUGGCUCAUCGUUGACUUUCCAGAUGAUUGCACUCCCCCCUCAAGUGAAGAUGUGGAAGUGAAGGCAAAUGCUGCCGGGCCUAGUUCUCGCCUUUCCGAUGCAUCCCCUCCAUCAGCCUCCUCUUCUCUUGAGAGUCUCUGCCACUGUGGAAGUGGCUCCAGUCCUCCACAGUCUUUACCCUGCACUUUGGAAGAGAGUUGGUUUGUCACCCCUCCCCCCUGUUUUACUGCAGAAGGCCAGGAUGAAGUCCAAGUGGAGAGCAGCCCCCUGGAGAACCUGCUCAUUGAGCAUCCGAGCAUGUCCGUCUAUGCUGCCAGCAACACCAAUAUCACACUGGAGGAAGAUGCCAAUGACGAAAUCAAUGAUGGGAACACUGCUCAGCACAGGGUGGAACGAUGGGCUGCUCCAGCUCCUGCAGCCGUUGCGGGUCGAGCUGGCGGUAUCCUGGAGAAGGCGAGUCAGAUCCGUCGGAUCCAGCGAGCCAAGCAGCGGGCGGAGCGACGCCAGCUGAGCCGUAACCACAUACAGAGGCAGAACCUGGUCAAGGAGAGCCGCUUCCACCGAGCCAAACGCCACAGCAGCUUUGUGUACCAGCCAUGCCGUCGCCAAUAUAACCACUAAACCAUCCAGGGGCAGCGGGAGAGAGUGAAACAAACGUCAACGGCAGAAGGAAGGGGGUCAGAUAGACAACAUUUAGCAAUGGGUUUGGACGCACUGUGCAACUCGCUGCACAGGUUUUGAACUUGAGCUGGCUUCUAAGAGUAGCUUUCCAAAAUAAAAGUCGUUCCGUUCUGCGACUGGGACACAUCAUCUGGGACCUUUUUUUUAACUUUUAUUUUUAUUCCUCCUUUCCUGUGUCUUCAUUGCUUUGUUUUAGAUGUAUCUGGUCCUUUCUAUUUAAGCCUCAGUUACACUCAUUUUGUGGGUCAUUGUGGUGUAGUGUUUGCGUUUAGUAAUUGAAUGGUGUGGUGGGGGAAUGGAAGGAAGCAAUGACGCUGCUAACAUAUUAACCUGUUAACAAUUUGCAUCAGUCCAUAAUGAGGAUGCGACUGCAUUUGCCUGGCAA